ACAGAAGAAAGCAUUACUGUAACUUUUCAAAGUGCCUCGACUUUCUUCAGCGGCUGAGAAGGUUGGCGCUUCCUUGUGGCGUGUAAAAUUGUGCAUUCAAAGGUGUUUGCAGUGCAGGCUUGCAGCUGAACAUGCGCCGCGGUUCCCUCCUGCCCUUUACUUCUCCCCUGUGUCCUCUGCAGUUUCCCGGCUACCUCCCAACCAAUCCAGCACUGCUGUCACUGCUGCCGUGAUAACAGCACAACAUCACAUCUGCUGCACAGACAGCAAGUGCUGCACUUUUUUUUGUUUUGUUUUUAAUUUAGUGCGUGCUGACUGUGAAAACCAAACCUCCUGGAUUUUUAAAGUGGCAUCAAAUCCGUUUUAGCUGAAAAUAAGUUUGUUUACUAAUCCGAACAGAGAAGUCUGACAGUUUGAGACGUCAACAGUGUUCCCUCAAAGAAAAAGGCAUUUGUGUAAAUAUCAUGCUCCUUGCAGAGGAGUAAUGGGGCAAUUACAAGGGAGGGAGGGAACACACAUUCCUGCCGGCAAUAGGUUUGUAGUUUAGGGGGAUGGAAUUGUAGAAUAAAGGAGAAGGGAGGGAGGAAAAAGAGUGAGAAGGAGUCAGCUGGAGUGUGUGUGCUGGGGGGUGAAGGGGUGGGAUGUUUAGGGGUUAGGAAGAUUCGACCCCUCCACUCUAGUGCCUUUCUUCCUCACUCUUCCUUCAAAGUAGUUCUACAGCAGGAGGAUCUGUAAUCCCCUGUUUUUUUUGUAUGUUUUGGAGGAUUUGUUCUUAUCUGUGGAGAAAAAGUGAAGCCUCGUCUGCCCAUAGAGAGAUCUAUGUGGAUCACCAGCAGCCAGAGAUUUGGGGGAUUUUAAAGUCCUGAGACAAGAUGUUGGAAAAAUCAUUGCAAUCAACCAGGCUGUAAAUCAUGGGAAACGUUGAGAGCCAAAACGGCUACCAUGGCUUCUACAGCAGCGGACGUGGCUAUUUGUCACGUAAGCACAUGUCCAGAUCCCUUCGCAUCUCCAAUAAACAGCCUAGACGCUCUCGCCACGCGUCAUCGGGAAAGAUAGAGCACAGGAACUCCGAGACCAGCACACGCUCAAGCAGCACCCCCAGCAUCCCUCAGUCCCUGGCUGAAAAUGGCCUGGAACCCUUUAAUGAGACUGACAUCCUUCCAAGUUUUGGGAGUCCGAUUUGGGUGGACCGUGUGGCCAUGAGCCUUAGGCCUCUGUCCUUUCACAAUGAUCUGGCUAACCCUUCAGUGCACAUGAACACAAUGCAUAUAACUCUACCCGGUCCCACGGCAGAGGAGGAACAGGAUGAAGAUGAGUACGCAGCUGACGUGAAGUACCUGCAGAAGACCUGCUCCAAAGAGACCGUCAGUUUUAAAAAGAGGUCCAAAUCAGCAGACAUGUGGCGGGACGACAGUCUGGAGUUCUCCCUGUCUGAUGCCAGCCAGGAUCACUUGACUAGCACCGAGGAGAUCAUCGACAUGACCAACGAGGGAGACUUGACUGACUGUGAAGGCCACCUCCAGCCUACAGACUCCACAGACAGGGCAAACUCUCUGGACGAGCUGUAUACCAACACCGGCCCCACUCGGAGGCACCCCCACGGCCGCUACGCCAAGUGGCAAGACGCUAACAGGUCGGUGAGAGAGAGCGACGACGAUAAGAUGCUGUCCCCAUCAGAAGAGGACGGGAGCUCCUACGGUGCCUACACGCUUCCCUGCCGGCGUUCCCAUUGUCUGUCUGAGGGCCUGAGCACCCACGAAGCCACAACUUGUGCCAGUAUGCAGGGCAGGAGAGCAAAGACCAUACAGGAUGUCACAGGUGGAGACGGCAGCGAGUUUGAGGACAGUGGAAUCGACGGGGUGAUGGUGGAGGCAGAGCAUCAGUCCAGGCGCUACAAGACCAUGUCGGCCUCCUUUUCCGUGUGCUCCAUGCACGGCAGGAACAUGUUCGCUGGCAGUGACAGCGGCAGCAGCGGCGGCGGCGGCGCCACCGAGCGCUCACAGGGCGUGUAUGAGAACUUCCGCCAGGAGCUGGAAAUGAGCUCCUGCCAGACGGAGAGCAUGGAGGAAGCAAGCUCCGCCCUGAGCGACGAGCAGAGCACGAUGACCUCCGCCUACCAAUCGGAUCUGUUGCUCAGUGUCAUCCAGGGAAUGGUUCGGAAGGCCGGAAAACUGGCGGUCAAGAAUUUCCUCGUGCAUAAGAAGAACAAGAAAGUGGAAUCAGCCACAAGACGCAAGUGGAAAAGUUACUGGGUUUCCCUGAAAGGAUGCACCCUUUUCUUCUACGAGACUGACGGCCGCUCCGGGAUCGACAACAACAGUAUUCCCAAGCAUGCCAUAUGGGUGGAGAACAGCAUUGUCCAGGCCGUGCCAGAGCAUCCCAAAAAAGACUUUGUGUUCUGUCUCAGCAACUCUUUGGGAGAUGCGUUUCUAUUCCAGACCAGCAGCCAAACGGAGCUAGAAAACUGGAUCACAGCCAUCCACUCAGCAUGCGCCGCUGCCAUCGCCCGCCAGCACCACAGAGAGGACACCGUUCGGCUGCUGCGAUCUGAGAUCAAGAAGCUGGAGCAGAAGAUCGACAUGGACGAGAAGAUGAAGAAGAUGGGGGAAAUGCAGCUGUCAGCCGUCACCGACACCAAGAAGAGGAAGACCAUCCUCGAACAGAUCUUCUUGUGGGAGCAGAACCUGGAGCAGUUUCACAUGGAUCUGUUUCGCUUUAAGUGCUACCUGGCCAGUUUGCAAGGAGGAGAACUUCCCAACCCCAAACGCCUCCUGGCCUUCGCCUCUCGCCCCACCAAGCUAGCGAUGGGCCGGCUGGGGAUAUUCUCAGUCUCCUCCUUCCACGCAUUGGUUGCAGCUCGCACUGAAACUGGAGUCCGACGGCGAACACAGGCCAUGUCGCGCUCCUGCAGCAAACGCCGGAGCAGGUUCUCCUCCCUUUGGGGCCUGGACACGACCUCAAAGAAGAAGACAAAAGCUCACCCUUCAGUCAGCCAGGUCUUUGCUGAUGGGGAAGAGUUUGAGAAAAAGCCCCCAGAGUGCACGUAUCUGGAUCAUGUCAAGGAAAACACAAAAAGCGAGGAAGAAACUGUAAAGAAUCUUCCACACCCCAACAAUGAAAGCGAUAUCUGGGUCCCGGACCACCUGACUCCCUCCUGGGUCUGCCUGCCAAACGAUCACCCAGUUCUAACCAUAGUCCAGCCGGGAGAGUCGGCGCUCUGGGUUCUUGAGUCCAUCUGCAAGGCUCAUGAUCUGGACCCAACCAAACAUUACCUGAGAUUGAAAUUUCUCAUUGAAAACCAAGUGCAGUUCUAUAUUCCCAAACCAGAGGAGGACAUCUGUGAUCUGCUUUACAAAGAAAUCGAGCUGUGCUCCAAAAUAACAAAAGUCAUCCAGUUUGACAGAGAUGAAUCCUGUAUGAUUGGUUAUGGUUUCUCCAUCUCGGUGGUGGAGGAGGACGGUGUGCAGCAGCUCUAUAUAACCGAUGUCAAAGCGGGAGGACUCGCUUUUGCAAAAGGCUUGAACGCAGGCGACGAAAUCCUUCAGCUGAAUGGAAAAGAUUCUCACAGUCUCAACUUCUCCGACAUGAAGGCGGCGUUCUCUCAAGCUUCACUGGCUUUGACGGUCAACACUUUGCCUUCUGUGGACCGCCGUCAGCUCUGCUACCUGCCGCCACGCCGCUCAGACGCAUCAGAAGACCUCUACACUGACAUCUUCUCCCAAAGUCAAGAGGAGAUCCUGGACGACAGAGUGGGACUGCUGCUUGAAGGCUCAGGAGACAGCUUGGAUGAUGACGACGAGAGCUUCAGUGACUUUGAUGAGUGCAGAAAGAGUACGGAGCAGGUCGCUGCCUUCUGUCGCAGCCUCCAUGAUAUGAAUCCCCUGGAUUGUGUGUCCUCGUCGCCCAGCCCGGACUCACCUUUUCCACCCACGGCUACUCUCCGGCAGCUGUCGGACGCCGACAAGCUCCGCAAAGUCAUCUGUGAACUCGUGGAGACGGAGCGCACAUACGUCAAAGAUCUCAAUUGCCUCAUUGGAAGAUAUUUAACCCCACUGCAGAAAGAGACUUUUCUCACCCAGGAUGAGCUGGAUGUUCUGUUUGGGAAUUUGCCAGAAAUGGUGGAGUUCCAGGUUGAGUUCCUCAAGACUCUGGAAGAUGGAACCAGACUGGUUCCAGAUCUGGAGAAGCUGGAAAGAGUGGAUCAAUUUAAGAAAAUACUCUUUUCCUUGGGAGGCUCUUUCCUUUACUAUGCAGACCGCUUUAAGAUCUACAGUGCUUUCUGUGCCAGCCACACCAAGGUGCCAAAGGUUCUUGUGAAGGCAAAAAGUGACGCCAACUUUAAGGCUUUCCUUGAUGAGCGGAACCCGAAGCAGCAGCACUCCUCCACCCUCGAAUCCUACCUAAUCAAACCCAUACAGAGGGUGCUGAAGUACCCCCUCCUGCUGAGGGAGCUCUACUCACUCACAGACCCAGACAGUGAAGAACACUACCAUCUGGAUGUUGCUAUGAAAGCCAUGAACAAGGUCGCCAGUCACAUCAACGAGAUGCAGAAGAUCCACGAAGAGUUUGGGUCGGUGUUUGACCAGCUCAUCACCGAGCAGAGCGGCGAGAAAAAAGAGGUUGCUGAUCUGUCGAUGGGCGACCUGCUGCUCCACAGCACCGUGACCUGGAUCAACCCACCUGUAUCCUUAGGAAAAUGGAAGAAAGAACCACAGCUGACCACGUUUGUGUUCAAAACUGCAGUGGUCUUCAUAUGCAAAGAUGGAUCUAAACAGAAGAAGAAAAUGGGUGGCUCCCAUCGGUUAUCAGUGUCCUCAGAGGACAAAGAUCCCUUCCGGUUUCGUCACAUGAUCCCAACAGAGGCUCUCCAAGUCAGAUCAAUAGGAAACACAGCAGAUGGCGAGAGUUCCGCUGUGUGUGAGAUCGUUCACACAAAAUCAGAAUCGGAGGGAAGGCCAGAAAGGAUAUUUCAGCUGUGCUGUAGCUCUCCAGAGAGCAGAAAGGACUUUCUGAAGACGGUGCAUUCCAUCUUGAGGGAGAAGCAUCGCCGACAGCUCCUAAAAACAGAGAGCUUACCUCUCAGCCAGCAGUAUGUGCCAUUUGGAGGGAAGCGGCUGUGUGCCCUGAAGGGAGCCCGUCCAGCCAUAAAUAGAGCCGCAUCUGCCCCUACCAGGACACUGGGCAGACGGAAGUUGGUCCGCAAUCGCUUCACCAUAGACACCGACAUCGUCUUCGACGGGGACCCCGACCAGAAUGACCUCACGUCACCACCAGAAUCUAACUCUAGAAAGCUGCAGCAGAAAACCGAAUCAUCAGACGAGCAGCAGCAGCAGUCUGAGGAGGGGGACACAGACCGCUGGGUGGAGGAGCAGUUCGACCUGGAGGAGUACGAAGACCAGGAGGACAUGAAAGAGACCGACAUCCUGAGCGACGAGGACGAAGAGUUUUGCCAGGCUCCCAAAGCUCAGUCUGAAGAUCUGGAAGCCCCAAUGAAAGCUCUGUCCUUGGAAGGGGCUGAAGAAGUGGAGAGCGAGAGCUUGAAGUCGCCGUCUCUCAGCGACACGCACGAUGAUGAUGAGAAGCUGUCUGACAUGGAGGAAGGUGACGCUACUGAUGACACGGAGGAUCAGAAGGAUGAGGUUUGGGUAAGACGGGAGCCAUCAGGCUCAUCUCAAGACUGAUCCGCAUAAAGAUCCUCCAUUUGCAUUGAUUUAUAUUGCACAGCUAGUAGAAUAAUCUUUACCUUACUGUUGCUGUUUCUACAGGGAAGAUGGUUUGUAAAGCAAUAAGGAAUCAAAUCAGAUGUUUCAUGAAUUAGGCUUUGAAAGAUGAACUGAUGGUACAAUCACGUAAUCAUGCGCUCUGAUUGGCAUUGUUUGCACAUUCGGGCAGCGUUUUAUAGUUUUACCUGCUGUUGCCAAAUCUGAUCAUUGUAAAAACAAUAAUGUUAGUGAGAUCUUCUCAUAGCUAAGGGCUUUAUAUUAUUUGUCCUUAAAGACAUAGAUUAAUGAAUUUCAGAUUCAAGUCUUGUCAUUUAGGCUACUUGUACAUUUUGACUCUUUCUUGGAUGGUGGUUUUCACUGUUUUACAGACUUCAAAAAUAGUUAUUUAUCCUGUUACUUUUUCAAGCGAUGUUGUAAAAUGGAUUUUUAGUUGUUUUAAAUGAACAGGAUCCUGUUUUACUUGAAUUUGUUUGAGUUGCUCCUUGUUUUUACUUUUACUGUGAAGUCAUUUACAGCUGUACAUAUUUCCUGUUUGGUGUCGCCACGCACAUACACCCACACAACGCUUCUCUGUAGAGAAAUCACACGUCACAAGAGUCUCAAAAACAGCUGCUUGUUUUUGUUGCAUUAAAAAGACAGUGGGUUUUAUUUAUUUAUGUGUAAAUAAUCAUGGCUACAAACUGGUAUGUAGUUUUUUUUUUCACAAAAAAAGUCAAAAUUUGCUUAAACAAUCAGGGGAAAAGACUUGGAAUACCUAAAUCAUGGAAGAUGUUAUACUUGUAAACAAGUUAUUGCGCUACUAAAUGGCUUUUUUUGUUACUGUGUAAAUAUAUAUAUGAAAUGAAUUCAUAUCAUAAUAAAUACAGUUGUUUCCUACUUACGAUAUUUUUGUAUGUGUUGUCAUUGAUUUAUUUGAUUGGUUUGAUGUUUUUUGGACAGCAAAGUCAAUGUUUUGGCAAAAAUAAUCUUGAGAAUGAACCGAGCAGAUAAUCAAAUGUUUUUUUUCUAACAGCAAAGACAACAAAAAAGGAAAAUAACAAAAAAAA